AUGUGCGUGGUCGUCCGUGGUGGUGCCACAGUGUGGCCAGUCGUGGGGUUGGAUGUCUCUGUGUUUGUGAAGAAGUCGCCAACUUCCUUAGAAUUUGAAUAG